AAGACGUUAAACGUUCGAAUCAAUAACACACCUUCGCCUUCGCCCUCUUUUCUCCACAUGAGUCGAGUGCUGAAGCAAUUGCUACCGUUGGCGGCGGACCCACCCGAACAGCCAUCAGGCUCGGGACCACCUCUCAGUCCUGGCAGCUUUCCACCCUUCACAAACUGAAAGUUGGUAUCGAAGGCGACCUCAUAAGUGAGGAGCACAGAGUGGAACUGCGAUCCAUCUGAGGUAUUCCACAGCGAAUAAAGCUGGGCGCCUCCUGUUGAAGAGGAGAACGUUCCAGCAGGGUAUGUAACCUGCAACACUGGUCCACUGGACGAAGUGUCGCUAGACCCGGGCACUGAUGCAUUUGGGAAUGGGUCCUGCACGAAGGCGAGAUUCCCUGAGCCGUCUUGUAUCUUUCCCUUGCUAAGCGACCAUUGCGAAACAAUGAAGGACUGAGCAUCUGUGUUAGAGAGAGUGGCUGUUGGAAAGGGUAUACUGGUGCUGGUUGUCAAAGAGUAUUGCGACGCGAGUGACUCUGCUGUUGCAAAGGCACAUAGCGUUGGCUGCGCGUAUACGAGCGCGUACGCGAUGAGUGCGAUGGCAAGCAUUGUGUUGCUCCGUCCUGUAUUGUCCAACGGAGUAUUAAUGCAAGAACUUUUCUAGCCCAGCCGCAGCAGUGGCUCCUGGUGGAUAAAUGACAAGAAAUUGGGCAAACAGCCUCGUUGUAACUACGACCGACCACAAGACAGCCAAGUCAAGGCUGAGCGCUGGGGUUAGGGUCAACACUACCCGUCGACGGCGUGUCACUCAGAAACCACCAGCUCGCCUCCACUCAAGGGUCCCAUACUAUGCUGGGGAGAAUAAACCGUCAGCGGGAAACAGAUGAUUCCGACGGAGCUGCACGCCAACCUCUGCUUAACAGCUCCCAGGAGAACCUCAGCACAAAUGACACAACAGACGAUGUGCUAUUUGCUGUGGACGAUCAGGAUGACUUUCAUGAGAGCUCUGCCUUAGCCGACCAAUCUACGAAGCCAAGCGUCCGCUUUCAAGAGGAAGUCCAGGUCAUAAGUCUGCCACUGCGUUCGACGACAGAGAGCCGCGAAACUGAAUAUGAACUUGACUCCGACGACUUGGAUGAUGUGGCAUUGGCCCAGCUUGAAUCAGAACAAACCACACCUCGAUCGAGUAGACGUCGCGAGCAGUCCAUGCCAUUGUUAGUCGGUCUUCUGGAUUCUGCUACAGCACGACGCAGUUUGGAUGGUACUCUUCAACUUCAGCCUCGAGACGGAGAGAACGGAGGCUACCAAACUGAAGAGUUUGACUUGGAAGAGCUGGCAGCGAAGAAGUCCGCCGGCGGUGGAUUGCUAGACUCCAUCGCCAAUAUGGCGAAUAGCAUCUUAGGAGCAGGCAUCAUUGGCCUACCCUAUGCAGUUAGACAAGCAGGGUUCUUCACUGGGCUGGUUCUGCUAGUCGUCCUAUGUGGGGUAACUGAUUGGACAAUACGUUUGAUCGUGCUUAACGCGAAACUGAGUGGCCGGAAUUCAUACAUUGAGAUUAUGAAUCAUUGCUUCGGAAGUAGCGGUCGUGCAGCGGUCUCAUUUUUCCAAUUCGCAUUCGCAUUUGGAGGCAUGUGUGCUUUCGGAAUAAUCAUUGGUGAUACAAUACCUCAUGUUAUCCGUUCAAUCUUCCCAAACCUCCACACCGUCCCCGUCCUCUUCCUGUUUACCAAACGACAAUUCAUCAUUGCCCUGUGUACUCUCUGUGUUUCGUACCCGCUUUCCCUAUAUCGAGACAUCCACAAAUUGUCACGAGCAUCCGGUCUCGCCCUGAUUGGCAUGCUCAUCAUCGUCACGUCCGUGCUGGUUGAAGGCCCUCAGGUCACUCCAGACCUCAAGGGUGACCCAGACAAGAGGUUUUCUGUUUUGGGACCUGGCGUCUUCCAAGCGAUUGGGGUUAUCAGCUUUGCCUUUGUCUGCCAUCAUAACUCGUUGCUCAUCUACGGUAGCUUGAGGACGCCAACCUUGGAUAGGUUUGCAAAAGUCACACAUGUAUCAACGCUGAUCUCCUUGGUGGCCUGUUGUACUCUGGCUAUAUCGGCGUAUUUGGUAUUUACGGACAAGACACAGGGAAACAUUCUAAAUAAUUUUGCACCGAAUGACACUUUGAUUAACGUCGCCAGGUUUUGCUUUGGCCUGAACAUGUUCACCACACUUCCGCUCGAGCUGUUCGUGUGUAGGGAGGUCAUCGAACAGUAUUUCUUCCCUCACGAGCCAUUUAGUAUGAACCGUCACGUCUUCUUCACCACGUCGAUCCUCUGCGCCGCUAUGCUCCUUUCACUCAUCACCUGCGACCUCGGCGUAAUGCUCGAAAUCACUGGCGGAGCCUCCGCCACAGCUCUAGCAUUCAUCUUCCCAGCGGCAUGCUAUAUCAAACUCACCGAUGCUGGCGUGCCAUGGUACUCACGGACGAAACUGCCAGCGUUCGUGUGUGCUGGAUUCGGUUUGAUCGUCAUGUUCAUAUCACUGUUCCUUGCGUUGGGCAAGGUAUGGACACCUGAAGGCGAAGCGAGGAUCUGCAUGUGAACUUUUAUCUGCGCUUUAGAGCAUUUGCAUUUUGUAUAAUCUAUUUGCACACUCAUUCUCGGACUUUGCACCUUGCUGUCGUUCAUGUCUAAUUUAUAGGAGACUUUUAUACCAUUCGGAUGAUUUCCA